AUGGAUGCUCAAGCUUCGGUCAGGCACACCACCGGCAUGAGCGGCAACGUCGGCCAGACCGGUGCCGCGACCAAGAGACGUGCAGCAUGCUCAGCCACUAAGGAAGAGCAGGGUGAUUCAAUGGAGUGGACCGAUGAGUACGUCCAAAUUGUUUGUUCCUUGAUGGCUGAACAAGUGGGACAGGGGAAUCGUCCCAACACUCAUUUGAACCCUUUAGGCUAUAACACUGUGUCAGAAAGGUUCUACCAGAUGACCGGAAUUAGUUUAUCAAAGACACAACUGAAGAACAAGUGGGAUAAGUUAAAGGGCGACUGGUCUUGUUGGAAUAAAUUAAUGAGGAAGCAAACUGGGACAGGUUGGGACAGUUCGAAGGGAGUUAUUGUCAUGGACAGUGAGUGGUGGAAGAAGGCGAGAAAGGACAUUCCUGGAUGUGGCAAGUUUAGAAAAAAGCCUCUUCAAAAUCUGGAGCAUCUUUCCAAAAUGUUUGGUGAUAUUUUGAAUGAUGAACAAGAUCAUUGGAAUCCCAUGAGUGACAACCCCAUCAUACCCCCAAGUCAAGAGAAUUUUGUUGAUGCUGAUAAUGUUGUUGGAAUUGGAGAGGAAGAGGUUCAUGACAUCCCUGAUGAUAUUGGUAAUGUGGUUGGAGGUGAGGAGGAUGAGGUUCAUGAGGUUUCGCCUGGCAUUGCUAAUGCAAAGAAAAACCUCGUGUUCUUUUUGAAAAAAAAUAAGAAGCCAAAGUCAAGCACAGCACUUGUUAUCCAAGAUAAAAUCACAAAGAUAGCUGAAUCCGCCGCUUCUUUUACUUCAAUGAAGCAAGGAGAGGUGACAAUCAAGGAAGUCAUGGAUAUGGUCUUGGAAUUUGGGGCCGUGCACAGUUCCGAUGAGCAUGAUAUUGCCACGCAGUUAUUUGUGAAGAAGGACCAACGGGAAAUGUUCAAGACCCUUCCUAAAGAGUUUAGGUUCAAUUGGCUUAAGAGGAGAUACAACGACAAGUAUGGAAAUUGAAGAAGUAGUGUGUUGGCGCAUGAAUUUUUCUUACGUCAUGUCAUUUGAACUAUUUGCUUUAUGUAUGUUGGAGUGAACU